CGACCCCCUGAACGGCCAGGAAACAGCAGACGAUCAAUGGCGGGAGGAGUAAACGCCAUCAGCCACAUUCCCCUCCUCCCGAUUCAUCCCUCCUCCAUCGCCCCCCUCCCUCCCCAGUUCGCGGAUGACGCCGUAGAGAACUCACAGCUGUCCAUCUCCAGCAAACAUUGAGAUGGGAAGAUAAUUUAGAUGAAAGCAAUCGGAUUCUGUCCCAGGAAUUUUCUAAAAUUGAGUGUGAAAAUAAUGUGUUUAUUCUGGAGCUCCAGGAAGCAAUGACUAGCAACAGAGAAAGCAACAUAAUCCUGACGAGCCUUCUCACUUUUAGAGUUGACCAAUUAACAAACACGGCGUGAGAUUUUUCGGCUAAUGAAGAUCAAAUUGCAAGUGCCUAAAAGAAAACUGUCUCAAGAGUCAAGCGUUUCCUAUUUAAAUCACUAAUAGUACUAAAAUAGAAUAACUUGCAUGUGUAUCCAUUACAAUUUUGGCAACGCUACUAAAUGGAAUAAGAUCAAGGUCAAUUUGAGGCAAAGGUAUUUGUUCUUUAAACGUUAAAAUGCAAAGAACAAUCUGAACCAUGUGUUACUCUGUCCGUUAAUGUAUCUUCUGGACAUCGCCUGGUCAUGUAUUCGGGUCAAUCAACUUGUCACCUACCUACACCAUUUUCUAUAGAUGCCCUGAUGGGCUCUGGGUCAGUGUACACAACAAGACCAGCGCACGUUUACGACAGCUAUCGGGACAGCAUUCUAUUGAAAUACAUUAAUGAGGCCUCGAGGUCGAGUCUCAACCCGGGUGACGGUCUCCCUUCAAUGUCGCCGCCAUCACAGUCUCUUCCACCAUCGAUAUUGCCUCGAUCUCCCGAAUCUGGGGCGCCUAAUACCAUUGCCCACCACCCGAGCCACGAGCUUUCAAGCUCUCGAUUACCUAUGCUGCACCCUCAUCUUCCCAACCCAGGAUUUGAUAUUUUCUCGCGAUAUGGAUUAAACAUGCUGCAUCCAUUGGCCCCUCCACACUGCCAAAGACUCCAAGCGAAUCAGAAUCAACAGAAACAUUCCUCUGCUCCUGGCUACGUCACUGCGACGCAUCGAAGUUUUCCCUACGCCACUGCUGAGUCCCUUCUGGCGUCUCCGUUGGCGUAUCCAGCCUUUAUCAGAACGUUUCCACAGCCUGUUCCUUAUUUAGAGUUUAGCCGUGGCCUGGAAGAGCUGAAUCACAAACAACGCAAAAGAUCAGACAGUCCUGAACCUUGUGGCGACGAGAGGGCGAUCUGGAAGCGACUCAAGUCGAAUGGGGAUUCCAACGUCAACUCAGACAAAUCAAAGACCUCGUCAAACCAAAGCCCGCGUUCCACGCCUUCCUCUCCCGAGUCGUCUGUGUCGAGGUCACCCAGAGGGCAAAUUUUACAGAGCAACGACGUGUCUUCGGCCGCUCCCCACGAGUCGACUCCAAGCGUUGAUGCUUCUGACAAAUCCUUUUCCGAAACGGACGAAUCAUCUCCCCUUACGUCGCCCCCUAGUGAACAUUCCCCGAAGCAGAGCGUGGGAAAUCUAAAGGCGGAAAGAGAAUACAAGUCCCCAGCGUGCAACAGUGACUCCGAGGAGUCUACCGGAAAUGAUCACGAGAUGGAUGAAAGACAAGACAAUGUCGCUAAUGACCGAGGUUCAAGUCACAGAAGUGCGGACGACAAUACUACUACAGACACCGUAACUCAUGGCUCCUGUUACAGUCAGGAAAUGGACCUUGGCGCAACAGACGUGACCAAUCGUCUGCUGAAAUUUGAAGGUCAUGAUGCAUCAGAAGGUCAAACUUCAACUCCGAGUAAUAGAACGGUGCGUCUUGAGCAUGCGUCUGAAGAUCAUGCGAUCUCCAAGGACACCGCCACGUCUUGCAACGUGACACACUCUCGCGGCGUACACCGGAAAUCAUCUGAUCACACCACUAGUGAGCACGCGCGAGAAGGUUACUACGCAUCAGACCCCACUUUAACGAAAAGACUUCAAGAACAAGGGAAUAUUUCCUCCUUUUACCCCGGGUCAACUAAUAAGGAAGCUUCUAUUAAAUCGCAAAUGUCCCACGAACACUAUUCCAGUUACAACGCGGUUCCAAAGAAUGAUAUCCAGAGCUGCAACAGCUGCAUUGAUUUAUCGACGAAAAAAGAUCCAGCCUGUCCUAAUUUUGAAUUCGGCUAUUCUCUUACAAAUGAACCAAGAGUCCAAUUAAAUCAUUUAGCUCCUUCUGAAUCACUCACAAAUGUUGAUGCCAACAAGGAAGUUAAUAUUAAUAAAACAAUGCAUGUUCUUUCUUCCUCGAGUCGGAAUCCUGAGUUGAGUCAACCAUCCAAUGAUUACAGUGACAGAGAAAUGGCUUUAAGUAAGUCACCCAGCAGUCAUACGUCUACACCUUUUCAGUCACAUCCGGCAUUCGCUAAAACAAUUAGUCCUGACCAUGCUUUCCAAGGUGUCCACGGAGUGCCUCUUCCGGUGAGGCAUCCAGUUUUCCAGACGAGCUUUCCAGGACGGAUCUUGUCUGAGCCAGAUUCACCCCGAGGACAUUUUUGGUGGCCGAGCGCUUCUAACAGAGAGCUGCCGACACAUCAAGGCGCACACCGUCUGAGUUAUUUCAGUACAAGUAGUGCCUACAACUCUCAAAAUUUUCACGACCUCACCUUUGGUGGCAACGUUAUUGGUGACAAGAGACUAGCCAAUAACGAGGAUAGGAAUGACACUUUAAAUAACAGCGGUGGCUCCGUAAGUGAAAAGUUGGUCACAAAUCAAAUCCAGCACCAGGGACACAGCUCUCCAACGCAGACCGCUUUAAACCCAUUCAGCUCAACAAAACUAUCGCCUCGGCCUGCGAGCACCCUGACAUCGCCAAAGUCACACCUGAAGACUGCGGCCGUCGCCAACGAUCAGUGCAGCGAAGAUGACGACGCUGAGGAUGACGGCAGUGGAGGAGGCAAGUCCAGGCGAAGGAGGACAGCUUUCACCAGCGACCAGCUCCUGGAGCUAGAAAAGGAGUUCCACAGCAAGAAGUAUUUGUCGUUGACCGAAAGGUCAGCUAUCGCUGCCCAAUUGAGACUUAGCGAAGUACAGGUCAAAAUUUGGUUCCAAAACAGACGAGCAAAGUGGAAGAGAGUUAAGGCAGGAGGCGUCCACUCCAGGAUAGCUGGCCAGGGGUCAGGGCUGGGACAACCUCAGACAGGACAACAGAAGACAAAGAUUGUGGUACCCAUCCCUGUCCACGUGAACCGCAUCGCCAUAAGGGGUCAGCACUAACGAAUGAAGAACUGCCCACGUGAACCUCAUCGCCAUAAGUGGAGCACCACUAACGAAUGAAGAACUGAUGUAAUUGAGACAAACUGAAUCUCCCCCCCCCCCUCCCCAUAACGCCAUUUGUAAAUAGUGUGAUGGAAUGUUAAUAAAAUGUGUAUAAAAUCUA